UGACCCCCUCCCCCUCCGCAGAGUGGAGACGAGAUGCCAAAGCUGCAGGGCUUCGAGUUCUGGAGCCGCACCCUGGGGGGGGCCCGCCACGUGGUGGCCCCCAUGGUGGACCAGAGCGAGCUGGCCUGGAGGCUGCUGAGUCGCCGCCACGGGGCCCAGCUCUGCUACACGCCCAUGCUGCACGCCCAGGUCUUCGUCCGCGACGCCAACUACCGGAAGGAGAACCUGUACGGCGAGGUGUGCCCCGAGGACCGGCCCCUCAUUGUGCAGUUCUGUGCCAACGACCCGGAGGUGUUUGUCCAGGCGGCGCUCCUGGCGCAGGACUACUGUGAUGCCAUCGACCUGAACUUGGGCUGCCCCCAGAUGAUAGCCAAGCGGGGUCACUACGGCGCCUUCCUGCAGGAGGAGUGGGACCUGCUCCAGAGAAUGAUUCAGCGGGCCCACGAGCAGCUCUCUGUCCCGGUCACAUGCAAGAUCCGGGUCUUCCCAGAGAUUGACAAGACCGUGAGGUACGCCCAGAUGCUGGAGAAGGCCGGCUGCCAGGUGAGGGGCCGGGGGUGCUGCUCCCAGGCGUCCUCGGGCCUCGCGCUGUCCUCAUGCCCUGAGCUGGCAGCAGCCUUGCCCUUGGUGUGAUGGGGCAGGGGUGGGGGUCCCUCUGAGGUCAUGAGCACCCUGAGCUCAGCCCCUCCCCCUCCCGCAGAGGGUAACCUGCACAACCCCGCGCUGUUCGAGGGCCGCAGCCCUGCCGUGUGGGAGCUGGCCGAGGAGUACCUGGACCUGGUGCGCCAGCACCCCUGCCCGCUGUCCUGCGUCCGGGCCCACCUCUUCAAGCUGUGGCACCACACGCUGCAGGUGCACCAGCAGCUUCGCGAGGAGCUCGCCAAGGCGAAGACCCUGGAGGGCGUGGCCGCCGUGAGCCAGGAGCUGAAGCUGCGGUGUCAGGAGGACAUGUCGCGGCAGGAGGGGGAGGAGCCCUCGGGCGGCCUGCCUUUCUUCCACUGGAUCUGCCAGCCCUACUUCCGGCCGGGGCCCAAGGAGGGGAGCAAGGAGAACACAGGCGCCCGCAGUAAGCGGGCCCUGGAGGAGGAGGAGGGCGGCGCGGACGUCCUGUCCAAGAACAAGCAGAAGAAGCAGCUGAGGAACCCCCACAAGACCUUCGACCCCUCGCUGAAGCCAAAAUACGCAAAGUGCGACCAGUGUGGGAACCCCAAGGGCAACAGGUGUGUGUUUAACCUGUGCCGGGGCUGCUGCAAGAAGCGAGCUUUCAAAGAGACUGCGGACUGCCCAGGUCACGGAUUGCUUUUUAAAACCAAACUGGAGAAAUCGCUGGCCUGGAAGGGGGCCCAGCCCCAAGGACCCAACCCCAAGAGCCGGACACAGAGAGAACAGUUCAGGGGAGGCUGCUUUUAA